AUCAUGCAAAGCCUUCCUAGCCACCUUGAAUGAAAUGAAUGACUAUGCCGGCCAGCAUGAAGUCAUUUCAGAGAACAUGACUUUUCAGAUCACUGCGGAGUUAACACGCUUUGUGCAAGAGCUGAAACAGGAAAGGAAAUCGCACUUUCAUGAUGGCAGAAAGGCACAACAAUACAUUGAAACUUCCUGGAAACAGCUUGAAGCAAGUAAAAGGCGGUUUGAACGUGAUUGCAAGGAAGCCGAUAGAGCACAGCAGUAUUUUGAGAAAAUGGAUGCUGACAUCAACGUUACGAAAGCAGAUGUUGAAAAGGCAAGACAGCAAGCACAAAUACGACAUCAAAUGGCAGAAGACAGCAAAGCAGAAUACUCAUCCAUUCUUCUGAAAUUUAACCACGAGCAACGCGAACAUUAUCACACACACAUACCAAACAUCUUCCAGAAAAUACAAGAGAUGGAGGAAAGGAGGAUAGUGAGGUUAGGCGAAUGCAUGAAAACCUAUGCAGAAGUGGACCGCCAGGUGAUCCCCAUAAUAGGGAAGUGUCUGGAUGGAAUAACAAAGGCAGCAGAAUCAAUUGAUCAGAAAAAUGAUUCACAACUGGUAAUAGAAGCCUUUAAAUCAGGGUUCGAACCACCAGGAGAUAUUGACUUUGAGGACUUCACUCAGCCAAUGAAACGCACUGUCUCGGAAUCCAGCCUUUCAAAUUCCAGAUGGGAUGGAAAAUCUGAGCCCAGGCCUGGCAGCAAAUCCAAGGGCAAAUUGUGGCCAUUCAUCAAGAAAAAUAAGCUUAUGUCCCUUUUAACAUCCCCCCAUCAGCCCCCUCCUCCUCCCCCUGCCUCUGCCUCACCCUCUGCUGUUCCCAACGGCCCCCAGUCUCCCAAGCAGCAAAAGGAACCCCUCUCCCAUCGCUUCAACGAGUUCAUGACCUCCAAACCCAAAAUCCACUGCUUCAGGAGCCUAAAGCGCGGGCUUUCUCUCAAGCUGGGGGGAGGACCAGAGGACUUCAGCAAUCUCCCACCUGAGCAAAGAAGAAAGAAACUCCAGCAAAAGGUUGAUGAGCUAAACAAAGACAUUCAGAAGGAGAUGGAUCAAAGAGAUGCCUUAACAAAAAUGAAAGAUGUCUACAUCAAGAACCCGCAGAUGGGAGAUGCAGCCAGCGUGGAUCACAAAUUAGCUGAACUGGGACAAAAUAUGGAAAAGUUGCGACUAGAGGCCCAGAAAUUUGAGGGUUGGCUGGCCGAGGUUGAAGGCAGACUACCUGUGCGGACUGAACAGACCAGACGACAGAGUGGAAUGUAUGACACCCAGAACACGUCAGCCGUCAAUAACUGUGCACAGGACCGGGAGAGCAGCCCAGAUGGCAGUUACACAGAGGAGCCAAGUCAGGAGAGUGAGAUGAAGGUGCCAGUGACAGAGUUUGAUGAUGAGUUUGAUGACGAAGAACCACUCCCUACCAUAGGAACCUGUAAAGCUCUCUAUACGUUUGAAGGUCAGAAUGAAGGCACAAUUUCAGUAACGGAAGGCGAAAUGCUCUAUGUAAUAGAGGAAGACAAAGGUGAUGGGUGGACGCGAAUCCGGAGGAAUGAAGAGGAGGAGGGUUAUGUCCCAACGUCCUAUGUCGAAGUCUAUUUGGACAAAAAUGCCAAAGGUGCUAUGACUUACAUUUAAUAUCCUUUUUAUGACUUUGCUUGCUUUCACAGGGACAUCCCACCCUGAAACUGCUCUAUGAUGAGCCUUUUUAAGGACUACAUAAUGCCACAAAGUGCAUUAUUUCAUACUCUUAAAUAACGGACUCAUAUGACUUUAUGCACUGUGAUUUAGAUUGGUCCGAUAAGAUACUGAGUGGAAUAAAACUGUUACAAUAGGGGGCUACCCAGCCUUCUCUGGCUGAGACAGCCUCCCAUGGAUAGAGCUCAGUUACUGCCAAUAUACCACCCAGUUCAAGGUGGGGAAUAUAAGGCCAUUCUUAAUAACUACGUGUCUUCUCUAGCUAUCUAGAUGAUACUCGAUAGCGACAUUUCAGCCACAGUCAGAAGUAUGCUAUUUGUUGCAAACUGACUCCGUGAAAUGUUAUACAUGAAAUCAUUAGGGUGCUUGUUUGUCUUUCAAUGUGGCAGCUUUUCAGAGCCUAAUAUACUCUCUGUGGGCCAUGUAAAGUCAUCAUUCAGUUUGUUAGUAUUUAUGGGAAGGAGAAGGGGGUCUAUCGAAAAUGUAACCACAAAAUACUCCUCCAUCCUUGGUAGAUCAAGAGAAUGGUGGUAUUCGACUAGAAUUCCCCUCUCCAUAGUUGCAGUUAAGAAAAUUCUCUUUGGGGCAUAUGUUGUUACUACAGAUGCACAGCACAGUUAGUUGUUUCAUUCUCUGCUCACGUACAAUCAGUGGAAUAUUUUAGAGCCUGGAUUCAUGCCUUUUGUUUCCCUUGUCGCUAUUUACACCUCAUGACUGAGAGUCUGUGUUGUGUAAGUGAAAAGCGUGUGCAUGGAAUCAGGGUAUGUGCAUGCUGCUCCCUGCAAGUAUCUCCCUGCUGAUAGUCCAGUGAGCAAUCAGAGGUUCCAGCGCUGAGGGACUGACAUCCUGUUUCAAAUCAGGAAGAUUUUGAAGUUCAAUGUUAAAUAGUGCAUGGAUUUUUCAAUCAUUUAAUCCUGCAAGUUGUCAUCUUCUUUCAUUGAGUCUAAGUAUUCUCUGUGCACGAAGUCUUUUUGUCCCUUUUAAAAGGAAGAUGUAACUUUCAUGCUGGACUGUAGGCAAUCGAAAUAGAGGAGCUUCCUGUACAAAACCACACAACUUCAUUCAUUCACUUUUCUUUGGCUCAGUAUUAAGCAAUGCAGUACCAUGUCCUUUUGAAAUGACAGCUUGGAUUAUUGUUUGAUCUUGCCAUAAUUCAGAGGUCUUCUGUUUGCACUGGCAAAGAUAGGAUCAGUUGGAUCCCUUCCUUCGCCAAGAUAGUCUGUGCGGAAAACUCAGCAUCCUGGAUCUUCUCAUUACCCUUGUAAAGUGGUAUACAGUUGAAUGCAAGUACUGCCUACUCCAUAUACAUGGAAAGGCAGAAAGCUCAGCAUCAAAUAUCCCGUCAUUACCCUUGUGCUCUUUGGUAUGGAGACUGCCUGCACGCGGUGCCUGCUCCAUGCACAGUGGUAGUUGCAAGUCCAGGCUUAAUUUUUGUCCUGCAAAAGUCUCUGUUGGCCAACAGAAAACCCACCUCAAAAUAACAAUUGUUCACCCCUCCCCUUGAAUACACUGGCAUGCGUAGACAUCAGCAGAGCAGCUUGUGAAGUCAGCUGCUCAGGAGCAGAGCAACAAGUUUGGUGGAAUAUGCCUCUGAGCAUGCCCAUGUGUCUAAGGGCAGGGGAGACACUUAUAUUGACUGAAACCAGCAAAAGCAAGAACCUCGUUAAUAAAGGCUGCCACUUUGUCCUUAGCUCACCCCAAUGUAUGAGGCUAUCGAAGGGAUCCCCCAGUCCUAGGACACAGGGGCACCUAGCAAAGAAUCUAGUACACUGGUGGCAUUGUGCAAAUAGUAAUAAUAACCCUGUAUCAUCUUGCAUAUCAUGUGUGCAGUGUGCUACAUAAGAGUUAGUGACAGACUUGAAAGCAUUUCUGUCCCAGCCCGUGGCCAUUUGUUUCACUCUCAUUGUUUAAGUUUCCUUGAUUUUUUUUUCUAAUUGUCUGUAAAGAAAAUAGACAUGCAGUUCAGUAAAUAAACAGCAAACCAUACAAAGUCAUGUGCAGAUAAACAAGCUGUAAUAUGCAGUAAAAGUACAAUUUAAGGCCCAUACCCUCAAAGACGUUUAAGCUCCUAACUUCCAGUGGUUUCAGUGGAAGUCAGGAGCCUAAACACCUUUGAGGAUCUGGGCCUAAUUCAUUUCCUUGAUUUGAUUUAAAAUCUAUAAAAAGAACCUCCCUUAAAAAUGGUUAAGAUAUCAAUCUUAAGUGUUUCAGGGAACUUUCAGUAGGUUUAAAAAACGAAGCAGGCCUAGACUUGGGGUAAUAUCUCAUUUGGAUCUGAUACUGUCAGUGGAAGCAUUUGCAUUUGUCCAUUGAAGAAGAAUUAAAAUAAAAAAUGCAACUGACCCGUAAACUAAAGUCCUUACAAGUUUUUGCAGCAUUUUUCUUCUUUUGCUUAAGGAGAAUGGGUAGCAAAUACCUCUAAAUGUUAGUUAAACAAAGUGAAAUUAGGCUGAUUUCACACCAAAUGAAUAAAUUUUGUUACACCUACAGCUAACAGAAUGGGAACUUGAAAAAGGCCCGAUUCUGUGACCCUUACACAAAUAGCCCCAUUGAACGCAAUGAGACUUCUCAUGUGAGUAAGGGCUAUUUACUAAGUUUAAAAUGGUAGCCAGCAAACGAAAGUUGAGCAAACCCUAUGUCAAAAAGAACAGUAAUGUUUAUCUUGUUUGCUUUUUUCCAGAUGUGUACACAUCACUUCAGAAAAUCCCUGAGUAGGUUUGCAUAGGCCUGUUCUCCUUUUGUUCUGAUUUGCUUCUUCAAUUAUUUUAAGAGGUGUAUUUCAGAAGGUUUUCUUUAGAAGAGAUGAAUGCACAUGCCCUGUCAAUGAAUGAUCAUUUGUUAGGUGCAGUUCAUUCAGCCCCUGAAACUAAAGGUGCAUUGUUUCCAAUGAGGGUUUUGGCCCAGUUCUGUGGAAUAGUUGUAGACAAUAUUCCCAUCCCUUUGUAAUCCAUUCUCCUUGUGGUGCACACAUGCAGCUUCCAUUAAUGCUAGAUACUUACAUGUGCAAACUAGGAACUGAAUAUAUUGGCUAUAAACCCUCAUGUUUCAGGGAUUCUUAUUGGGGGGUCAGGAAUAAAAUUCCUCUUUUGGAAGGUUAUCCUAUAACUGCCUCCUGCAGGGUUUCUUGCACCUUCUUCUGAAGUAUGUAGAGCUGUUGGAUACUAGACUAGUAGGACCUCUGGUCUGAUCCAGUCUGGCAAUUCCUGCAUUAUUAGAAAUUGUACCUCCUAGCCCACUUAGGAGCAAAACUGUCUGUCUCUGAGUGACAUAAAGAUUGAUAAUCAAAAGAAGUUACUCUACUAUUAAGAGGGUAAUUUUAUGUAACUUCCCGCUGCUCUCAACAAACAUGCCCAGUUCACUUCCCCUACAAAUAUUGCCUGUUUGAGUGACAAACAAU